ACAGGAGGGGAGCGAAGAGCACCCCCGAAAUUUCCUUCCCCCCCCACCCCCCCGUGGCUGGCGGCCUGGCCCCUUCCCCCUCCGCCCGGGCAGGAGGAAGUGAUAACUACCCAGAUUUUGGCGCCAGCGCCGACACACCGCGGGGGCCCGGGAGCCAGCGGAGGGAGGCGGACUUCGCCGCAGCCUGCACCGCUCUACCCGCACCGCCGGCAUCGGGCGCGCCGCCCGCUUCGGCACUCUUCUUCUUCCUUCCUUCUUCCCUCCCCUCCCUCCCUUUUUCUCUCUCCAGCGGCCCCGCACGCACCGCGACAAAGGCACAAAAUGGGAAAGAAACAGAAUGGCAAAGGUAAAAAAGUUGAAGAGGCAGAGCCUGAAGAAUUUGUUGUGGAGAAAGUCCUGGACAGACGUGUCGUAAAUGGAAAGGUGGAAUACUACUUGAAGUGGAAAGGAUUUACAGAUGCUGACAACACAUGGGAGCCUGAAGAAAACUUAGAUUGUCCCGAGCUAAUCGAAGCUUUUCUGAACUCUCAGAAAGCCGGUAAAGAAAAAACAGAUGGUGCUAAAAGAAAAUCUUUGUCAGAUAGUGAAUCUGAUGAUAGUAAAUCAAAGAAAAAGCGUGAUUCUGUUGAUAAACCAAGAGGGUUUGCAAGGGGUCUUGAUCCUGAGCGGAUAAUUGGGGCUACGGAUAGCAGUGGAGAGCUUAUGUUCCUCAUGAAAUGGAAAGACUCUGAUGAGGCAGAUCUGGUCCUGGCCAAAGAAGCUAACGUGAAGUGUCCUCAGAUCGUAAUUGCUUUUUAUGAAGAGAGACUAACUUGGCAUUCGUGCCCAGAAGAUGAAGCACAAUAAUUGUUUGCAUUGCUUUUUUUAUAUAUAUUAAUAUUAAAACAUGAAAUUUGAUUUAUUAGCAAUGUGGGAAGCAUACGUUCUAACCAGAAUCAAAUUUGAUAUUUUUUUGAAGUAGUAUGUUUUGCAUCAACAGCAAGUAAAUAAAAGCUUUCUGCAACUUGUUUCAUUUAUCACAAGAGAGCAUUUGAUACUACUACUUCCUCCAUGUUAGGUAAAAGCUUUUAUAAAACAUUCAUAAACUUCCAUAGUUAUUACAGAAUCAUAAUGAAUGUCUAAACAAACUCACAGAUGUUUUGUAGUCUUCUAUACUAUUGAUGUGCAUGUAUCUUCUUUACCCAAACCUAACCCUUUAAACCUGUAGAAUCAUUCUUUUUAGUAUCUGGGAUCCCUUGGUCCUAAGAAGACCAGGUGAAAACUAACUUUGUAGUAAUUUGAAUGUUAUCAGACUGUAUAUUGUUUACUUUAUUGUAAAUACUGGUGAACAGUGGUCAAUAAAAUAGUUUUAUAUUCUUCCUUUA